GAGAUUGCUUGCGGAAUGUGAUGGGGAGAAUCUGGGGAUAUGUAUGCCGCAACAUUAUCAUACAAUCAUAAACCCUCGUAAAUAAAAAACAAUAAAUAAGAAAUAACACAGAAGAAUCGAGAUCCCAUCUCAUAGACAGCUGGCCAACUCGACAGUGAUAGAUAGCUCCAUACAAAUGUACAAUCAUGGACACAUGAGAGAGAUCAUCCAUCUCUGCCUCUCAUCCCCCAUCCCAUCCAUCCCAUCCACCCAAUCCAACCCAAUACGCCAGUCAUCCUAUAUCAUAUACCAAUACCCAUACCCAUACCCAUCAUCCUCAUCAUCAUCAUCAAUCAUAAAAGACAUUCCAUCCAUCCCAUCUCAAUUCAUCCCAUCCCACUUCAUCUCACCCAUCUCACCAAUCCCAUCUAUCCCACCACCCCUCAAUACCUCCUCCUAUAAGUCGAACUGCUGUAGCUCGUGCGACUCGCUCUCGGACUAGCCGUAACGUACGUUCUACUAACAGGUCUCGAAGUUCUGACCGAAGCAACCGAGACGCGUUGAGGGUGAACAUGACGCCCUCGAGAGACGGGUCGAGGGGCGUAGACGACCUCGCGGACGACAGGUUCGUGGUAAUAUCUUGUUCGACUUGGCCAGCACAUUUUGAUUUUUGGGGAGGAGCGAGGUUUGUAGGGAGGUACGAUUGUUUGUGUGCUGGUGUGUUGGUGUGUUGGUUUGGAGGAAGAGUAGAUGUAUGUGUGUGAUAAUAAUCGUGGUGGAAGUUUUGUAUUGUAUUGUAUUGAUUCUCGAAUCCCGAAAUCGAAAUCGAAUGCGUAUCUUUCUUUUUAGUUUCGUUCGUUGAGUAAUAAUUUACCGAGUGAGAAGAUGAGGAUUUCUAUAUAUGGAUAAAUUCGACAAAGUGAAAUAACAGCAAGAC